GAUCUUCUCCCAACUUCCAAGAAAAAGCCCUAAAAGUUCCUUAAAUUUCACUGACUUACUUGGACUCUCUCUCUGAGCUAAAUCCAUACCCGCUUUGGAAACCGUGCCUCUCUUCCCCUUUCCAUUUAAUCCACAACUAAUUUGUAGCUGCUGCUGCUGUUAAACAUGCUACGCGAUGUUGUCGACACUCCGUCCCGUUGUGAGUUGUUGAGUAUGGUGAGGAAGCACUCGAAAUUAAUUAAGCAAAUCGCGGCGGAGGAUCAAGAGGCUACUGAUGUCGAAAAGGAUCUUGGCUUUUGGAAGGAUGUCAUGGAUUUGUAUUUCGUCCGUGGAAAGGAUUCGCGGAAGCGGCAAGAUGAUGAUCUCCUAUUCUUUGUCCGAAAGAAGAGCUUGCAUGGAUAUGGUUUCAAUGACAAUAUGGAGGGCAGUUCACCUUACUUUGUACGCAGGUGGGCACCGAAGUUGAACAACUUGGUAGACGAGAAUACAGUAGGUGUGGACUGGAGAUGCUCAUAUUACUUGAACCUAAUUGCCCACACUUCAUUCAGUGUGACAGUUGCAAUAUGCAGUCGUCAGGCCCUUCAGAGGCAUCAAGGCGAUGAACAAUCACCAUUGUCUCCUAUAUAUAAGAUUGUAAAAACUGUCUAUGCAUCUCCGAGCCGUGUUAACUUCCAUUUGGAUGCAAGAAAGGAAGCAGAAACAAUACCUGCCUAUCCAGAUAUAUGCUUUGCAGUUGAUGACUUCGAUUCAACUUUUGACGAAGUGGUGCUGACUGACACAGACCAUUGUUACUGUGUGCUUCUGAAUGCAAACGGUGGAGCAGCAUUUCCUAGUGAAAAGGCACAAGAAGAUUGUAGUUCUAGUGACAGUUCUUCAUUGAAAAGUAAAACAGAUACCAGAAAGUCAAACAAGACAAAGCUUACUCUUUUUUCAGGAUUUGUCAGCUAUCAAAUGGUUCGGGAAGCAUACGAAGAGGGAAAAUCUGGAUUCGGGAGCCUUCUAUCUCUUGGUAAUUCUAAUGGCAAAACAGAUAGGAUAUACAUGAAAGGUCCCGGAGGACGUGGACAAGUUGAAGUAGCCGUUUCUGGUGUUUUAGAUCAGAGCCUGCAGAUAUUAUCACCUCACUCACCAGGCCAAUCUUCCAACAGAAGGUUCCAAUUUGGUGAAAUUGUUCGUAGAGCUGCAAAUGUUGCAUCAGUUGCUGCAAAGCAUGCCUAUGCAGCCGCUGGUGCAAGUCAGACUUCUGAUUACGAGAUGCUUCCCCUCAAAUGCUGCUUGAUGUCCAUAUCAUUGCCCUGGGACCAUAUCGCUUAUGAUCUUCUUUUUAAGAAAAGUCCGCCCGUUGACAUGUAAAGAAAGUUACCCAAGAUGCAAGGUAGCCAAGACUGGAAUAUACUUCUCUUGUAAAGUCAUUGAGUCCACAUAUUCGUGAACCGAAACGAACAAGGAGCAAGUAUCGGCCUAAACAAUGGAAUGAAGAAAAAGAAGAGGUGUAUAUAAUUUUAUAUAUGAAUCAUCAGAGGCAUUUGAAGCCCUCAGGCCUCUGUACUUGUGUGCUGGAAGUCAUAAUCAUGUAAUAACCAUGGUCCAUGAGGAUCUGUAAAUGUACCAUAGUAUGAGUUCAAUUAUUUUAUUUUUUGCAUCAUAGUAGCAAGUAAAAAAUAUUUAUGUCCGUUAGGAUUUUACAUCAGGAUUUAUACUGUACAUAAUCUUGAACCCGUGUGAAGUAUGCCCUAUUGAUAUCUGGAGCACGGUGAUCAUCUUUUCUAUUCGUUUGUAUUUCUACGCUGCAAUUACCUGUGUGAAGUUAUGUUGUAUUUUGCA